UGCAGCUCCCAUGUGAUCCACCCAACUCCCUCUCUACAUUAACAAUUCCACUCUCAUUUCAUCCAUUCUCUCUCUUUCUCAUGGAAAGGAACGAAAAUGGUCAUUCCACCACCAGAAAUUUCAACCACAACCCCCAAAAUUCAAUCUCCUUCCUCCUCCGACUUCGAAUUCACCAUCUCUCUCUCCCCCACUUCUCAAAAACCUUCCCACCUCUGCCCAGCUGAUGAGCUCUUCUACAAAGGCCAGCUCCUCCCACUACAUCUCUCCCCUCGUCUGUCCAUGGUCCGUACUAUCCUCGCCUCUUCCAGCUCCUCCUCUUCCUCCUCCUCCGACGCCCCCACCCGCGACUCCACCAGCAGCUCCACAGACUCCUCAGAUCUCCUCCUCGAAUCUGCUCGCCCCAGCUCUGCUACAGAUGACUUCUACUUAGAUGAAGAUUUCAAAAAACCAAGAAAAUUCAAGUACUUCACCAAAUUCUCCUCUGUUUUCACUCGCAAGGAUAGCAAAAACGUUCCUUCCAAGAGAAUUACUACUACAGCGAAAGAAGUCAUUAGGAAAUACGUUAAGAAGGUUAAGCCUCUCUACGAUAAGUUCGCUUCGAAGCAGAAUUUUCAGCCCAAGACGAAUGUCGUUACACCGACGACAGCAAUCACUGCCGUUGGAUUUGCAAUGCGGAGAGAUUUGAUGUGUGGUGAUGGUGUUGGCAUUGGUGGGAUUUAUUCUCAUUCGUUUUCGGGGAAUUUGAGGUACCCACGACGGAGGAGCUGUAUUUCGAGCUGCCCGUCUUCGAUGCGAUCGUCGCCCAGCCAUUCGGGUGUUUUGCGUGGUGGUGGUGUUGGGGGUGGAGGGAUGUAUUCGGACUCGUCGUCGAUGGAAGAACUGCAGAGUGCGAUUCAAGGAGCGAUUGCGCAUUGUAAGAAGUCGUUGAAGGAGGAUGAUUUAAUGGUGGAUGGUGGGGUUUCGGGUGGGAAUUGAUGAGAUCUGGGGGUUUUUGAGAAGACCCAUUUCGGAUUUUCGUUUGGUUUGGUGAAUGGAUGGGGAAUUUGGGUGCUUGGGAGAUCGAAUUUCGAAGAAAUUGGUUUUUUUUUUUUUUUUUUAAUGUUUGGCUUGAUGGGCUUUUUUCUUCUUGGGGUGUUUGGGUUGAUUGUUUUGAAAUUUGAAUAUUUGGAAUGUGGGUUUGUGAAUUAAAAGCCUGUUACUUCAUUCAAGUAGCUCUGUUUCUCUGUUUCUCUGCUC